AUGGCGGCAGAUUUGCACAGCGGAACAAGAUCCGUAAAUUCUCCGAGAAAGUUUGAAGUGGAAAGGAAGUUCCUAGUGCCGCCUGACUUUAAGCAAACCCUCAAAACAAAUGGAGCAUGGUUAAAACGAGAGAUAGAAUUUACUGAUGUCUACUUUGAUACUCCAAACAACGAACUAACUUUUGCUGGUUUCUGGUUGAGGAAACGCGAUCAAAAAUUCGAACUGAAAAUUCAGAAACUGAAAGACUUCCAGGACGGGAUUGAAAACUACACUGAAAUUGAAGAUGAAAGGGAAAUUGUCAGCCAACUUUCUAGGCUGUUGAAAGCUUGUUUUGCAAACACAGACAGAGACUGCACUAUUGAAGAUUUCAUUCAAAGAACUUGUUGUAAACCGAUUGCGUCUUUUUCGACGGUUAGAACGAGUUACGAAAUGUCAAACGGUGUAAUGGUUGACUUAGAUCAAGCUAGUUUUGGCUAUCAGGUUGGGGAAAUAGAGAUCCUUGUUUCAAGCUUUGAAGAAGUUGCUGUUGCCAAGGAAACUAUCCGGAAAACUGCAAAACUUCUCGGUAUGCAUUUUGCAAACUAACCAAAAUAAAGCUUAUUGCUGGUUUGGGCGUGACGUCACGGCAGCCAUGUUGGAUGUCAAGAACAAAAGCAUUUCUCUCCUCUGGGAACUUAACUCUAUUUUCUCGUAAAUUCUUCAAGAAAAAAUUAUAUUGUAUUGUCAUCCAACAUGGCCGCCUUGUCAUGUGGUUGCAAACCAAGGAUUGUUAAAAUUAUUGUUGUGCUUAAAGAAACAGUUAGCCUGAGAAAACAGACAACAUGUCGUGACACGACCACUGGUUUUCCUGUAAAAUGACAUCUGAGGAACAAUUGUGGAAAUUACUAAUGAUGUGUCACCACCAAGAUCUGGGUAGUGCCUCUGAUUGGUCAAGCCAUGAGGGAAAUUUGCUUCUGCCAAUUAGCGGCACUACCCCGCCCAUAUUUUGAAUUGAAAAGAUACCCCAUAUUAACAAUAACUGAAUGCUAAUUCUAGUGUAUUUUGUGGGACUACAAAAAAUGGUCACAAUAAUAUCACAAAUUAUAGUGAGUUUACACAACAGGAGAGUAGAAUGAAGAGGACGGUAAGAUGUUUGCGUGUGACAAACAUGACAGCACUUUUACUUGUGAGUUCUGCCAUGAGCUUCACUUAACAAUACUGUGUUCUGUUUUUUACAAAUGAUCUGUUUAAAGGAAGGUGAAGUUCAGUGGAAAAUGUUUUCAAACUUUCUCACACUAGGUUUGUCUUCUUCUUUCUUCUAUCAUCCUUUUGUGUAAGUUCACUGAUUAAUAUUGUCAUCAGGGUGCAAAGAAAGUCAGUUUUACAGCUUGCCAUUCAGGCAAGCUUUAUUCAGCAUGUACUAGCUCAAAAGUCAUUUUAACUUGAUGAUGAGCAGGGUUGUUAGCGGUUCUUUUGUGAUAAGAAUUCCUUAAAAAUUUCACUUGCCAGGCGGGCAAGUUAAGAACAGAAUUCACUUGCCCGAUAGUAAAAUCCACUAGCCCCGGGCUAUUGAGCAUGACUUUCUUUGCUCAUUGGUCACGAUUGUAUACACUAAUGGUGGUUUCUCUUUAGGUGUUGAAAGUGAAACUUCUAUUCCUGGGAAAAUUGAGGCAUAUCUUUCUCAGCAUUGUAGAAGUCAUUAUGAACAGCUUGUUGGAAAUGGAUGUUUUAUCAAUGUGGAGGCUUUAAACAAGUCUGGCUAA